AUGAAUUCACGUUCUUCUCGUACAAAAUUGAAAAUUUAAACAAGUGAGUAACUUAAUUCAAUUGGCAAUGAUGACACAAAAACAGACGAAUGUGCAAUUAAGCAAACAGUUAUCUUGGCUGCUGCGUCAUGGCGCUGAAAAGGAGGGAUUCACAAUGCAGCCAGAUGGAAAUGAGCGACUUGGAGACCCGCACAAGGCCGUCCCAGGACGAUUCGGUGCGCUGCAAGGUGUGCGAAGCUACCUUCAAUACCCUACAGGAUUGCCUGGCACAUGAGCUGCUCAAGCACACAAUAAAGCCGCAGAAGAAGCUGCGGAAAUGCCUGGACGCAAUCACAAAACUAUUUGCCAGCGAACAAAUCCAAUGUGAACGUCGCGUGCUGAAGGCGACUCUGGCCCAGGCGCCGGCCGGACAGCAUUUGCGUGCCAUAUUGACAUUCUAUGCGGGCAAUUGCAGCGAACUGUCGGCUUGCUUCUCCCAAGUGCGAGACACCCUACAAAAACAGUUGCAGGGUAGAGUGAAAGUUUAUCCCUUUGGCUCACUUGUAACGGGGCUGGCUUUAAAAGAUAGCGACAUUGACUUGUUUUUGGAACAGACGGACGUUAGCUCGAACGCCAUAUCACAUCGCCAAUUGUUCAACAAGAUCUACAAUUUCUUGCGUCGCAGCGAAUGCUUUCAGGAUGUGUUCGCCAUCCGGCAUGCCCGUGUGCCCAUCAUACGCUGCAAGCACGUCUACAGCGGACUGAGUCUGGACAUCAAUAUGUCCAGUCCGAACAGCACGUACAAUUCGCGCUUUGUCGCCGAACUGCUGGGCAGGGAUGUGCGAAUGCGUGAACUUUUCCUAUUUCUCAAAUUGUGGGCCAAGAAGCUGAAGAUCAUCGGCAGCGGCAGCAUGACCAGCUACUGUCUGAUCACCCUCAUCAUCUUUGGCCUGCAGCAGCAGAGGCUAUUGCCAUCGAUUAAACAGCUGCAGGCCCGAUGCCCCGUCGUCGAGGUCAUGGGCGUCAACUAUGCCUACAGCUUCCAGCAGGUGCGUCCCAUACCGGCCGGCGUAACCUCUUUGGAUCUCAUAUCCGAUUUCUUUGCGCUAUACCAUAAAAUGAACUUUGAGAGGAAACUGUUGUCGCCCUACUUGGGCUAUGCGCUGGAUAUCGACACAGCUUUCUCGGUGCCUGGCACAUUUCCCGAAUAUGAGCAGCAGCUGCAGGCGAUGGCAAAGGCGACGGGCGAGCAGCCGGAGCCCUUUCAGAGUCAACGCUGCGUUUGUGUGCAGGAUCCCUUCGAGAUGCAGCACAAUGUGGGCCAGUCCAUUUCCAUUACGAAUCUCUGUUACCUGCGCGAAUGUUUGGUCUUGGCCCAUCAAGCGUGUUGCGACAAGAAGCUUGUCGCAGCGCCGGCCAAACUUUAUGACUAUUUAAUAUUUGGCCUGGCCGAGCAGCUGUUGCAGAGCCAAAGGAUAGAGCAGGGCCAUCCUGCCAAGGUGCGAAGACAAGUGUCGACUAGGGAGCAGCAGCAGGACGCAGAUAAACCCAAAAUGGAGAAAACAGCCCAGAUUUUGGUCGACGCAGCACCGAAGUCAUCAACUCCAGCACCAAAGCCUGCAAGAGAAGCAAAGCCAACGAAAGUUCCUACAACUGCUGACAUGCCAACGGAACCGCCAGCAGAACCGCCAGCAGAAUCGCCAGCGGAAUCGCCAGCUAAAUCAAAUGAUAAGUCCAAAGAAAGACUGUCCUCGACAAGUUCCUUGGAUAAUGGACCGGUCAUGUCGAUGCAUGUCCACAUACUGAAGCCCACGAAUAACGACCUGAAGAGUUUGCGGGCGGAUUUGCUCAGCAAAAAGACGAAUACAGAGCAAACAAUAUUUUUCUAUUGGGCCGAGUGCUAUGUGGAUGCGAUCAAGGAUAUUCUAGUCAAUAUAUAUGGCUUAACAUUGAAGCAGAUCGAGCCGAAAGAGGAGACCCCAUCGAUGGCUGCCCCUCAAACACUGCCGCAACAAUAUACCUGGCUGAUCAAUACCUCGGUGGAUACUUGGAGUGCGCGAAACUUUCAACGCUCCACCAAACAAUCCUUCUUUGCCCAGCAGCUGCAGCAGACCGUCGAGUUCAUCAAAACGCGUCCAGCGAAUGCGAAUUUCGUAGUCAAUCUGAACGGACGUUUCUCGGUGAUCAUUGGCGCCGACUACAAGGAGCUGCGGCUGGAACUGCAGCCGAUGUCAAGCGAUGCUCUGGGCCUGCAACGACACAGCCCAUUGACCAAGUUCUUUAAGUCCCUGAAGAAUAUGUUGUGCAACUACAAUUUCAAGGAGAAAGUCAUUAGCAUGCAGUAUCAGCGCUGAGCGCCAAAUAGGCCCAAAGGAAGUCAAAAGAAAAAAUGAAGAAAAAAGGAAAAAUCGAAAAUAGGAUCGCCAAAAAUGGAAAAUACCAAACCAAAUAGAACAAAAACAAAAUACAAAAGAGACGAGGACAAGGAGAUAUUUUAUGAUGGAGGAUAUUAUAGCAAAUAUUUGGGUAGCUGUGAGCUAAAAUUGAAGAGAAUUGCAAUUGCGGCUAAUAGGCAAAUUAGAAGUAUAAUAUCAAUAUUAUAUAGCUUUAGAGGAACAUCUGUAAAAUGUACAUAGGUGGGAAACAAAUUUCUAUAGACCUGAUGUCCUAUAUAUAGAUAUAUAUAUCUAUAUAAAUAUAUAUUAAUAUAUAUAUGAUUAUAUACAUAUACAUAUACAUAUAUAUAUAUAUAUUUCGUACAUAUACAGUUUAAAUUUUAGUUAACUGACGAAUUUUUCAAUCUGACAACGCUCACAAUAAAUUAGAAAUUGCAAUUCUCGACAUAAAGAACUUUUUUGAGAUCUUUACAAAUUUCUUGUACAUAUAUUAAUUUCUCUGUUAGUUUGCCAUUAGGAAUAAAAGGAAAGUGUUUGGUUUUACUUUUAAGAAA